AUGUUGUCAAAAUUGCUUCUCUCCAUUAUUGGAAUAGCGAUGGUUGGCGGAUUUCUCGAGGAGUUGCAGCCGAUUAGCGAGCAAAUCGAUAAAAUUAGCGAAACAGUUAAUGCGCUUCCCGAGCGAUUUGCUUUCAACCACAAGUAUCGGCAGCAUGCUACCACUCUUUGUCAACAAAAUAACCCAUGCGGUGAAGAUACGAUGUUCCUCUACUAUAAGUGCUGUCGAAACACGACAAACGCGUGCUGCUGGCAUCUCAGAAUUUGGGUAAUGUAG